AUGAGCAGUCUGAUCGAAGACCCAGCCAUCCCACUAGUGGGUAUGAACGGUAAACGUUGCGGACGGGGCCGGCCGGACAAUGGUCACCUGUACACACUGCGUUCUACCAGUAGAAUGGACAGCGACAACAGCGCCUUCAAGAGAUUCGAAAACGUCGGCAUGCGCCUGGCGCUCAGGAAGGAACUCUAUGCCAAAAGGAAGAAGACAUGUGACGUGUCGCUGAUCUUGGCGUUGCUAGGAAUUCUGUUGAUGGUGAUCGAGACGGAACUGUCUGCAGCUCACAUUAUAAGCCGCACGGACGUAACGUCAGUUCUACUGAAACUGUGCAUCACGGCCUCCACGGUCUCUCUCCUCGUGUUUAUCUUCAUCUAUCACAGACUGGGAGUCCAACUGUUCACUGUUAACAACAGCAUGGACAACUGGCGGCUGGCCAUCAACUACCAGCGCAUCCUGGCGGCAGUGGCAGAAAUGCUCAUCUGUAUGGUUCAUCCCAUCCCAGGUGAAUUCUACGUGUCCUGGUACACUACUGAUUCCGACGGAGACCAGUCCGAGCCAGUUCGCGUACCUCUAGACGUGGUCCUGUCGCUCCCCAUGUUUCUCAGACUCUACCUUGUAUGUCGGUUCCUGGUGCUGCACAGUCGACUGUACCAGGACGCGUCCUGUCAGAGCUUAGGGGCGCUUAAUCGAAUCCAUUUUAACUUUCGAUUUAUCUUCAAGUCGUUUAUGGCACUGUACCCUGAUUACUUCCUGUGCGUGUUUAUGAUUUCCUUGUUUAUCAUUACUAGCUGGACUCUGAGGCUGUGUGAGAUGUAUAACGACGCACGUCACGCCAACGUUCAUGGAAACUUCUUGAAUUCCAUGUGGCUGAUCGCCAUCACAUUCCUGACUGUAGGUUAUGGCGACAUAGUACCAAACUCCUACUGCGGUCGAAGUAUCGCUGUCAUCACAGGCAUUAUGGGUACCGGAUGUACGGCCUUAGUAGUUGCAGUACUUGCCAGAAAACUGGAGCUCUCUCAGGCGGAGAAAUAUGUGCACGACUUUGUUCUGGAAAUCGAGAUCGGUAAACGGCUGAAAGUAGAGGCGGCGAACAUAGUCAAAUGCGGGUGGAAGUUAUACAAGUGUCAUCGCAUUCAAACAAUGACCAAAGCAGAAGAGAAGAUGGUCCUGCAGCUUCAGACGAAACUUCUGCAUGCAAUCUACAAUAUACGAGAGCUGAAGAACCGUCGGCGCCGACUAAGUGACAAGUCUGUGACGCUAGUGGAAGUCAGUAAGACACAAGGGGAGAUGACCCGGGUAGUGAACACUAUAAAAAUGAAGCAGGUUUCUCUAGAAGAGAAAAUGGCAAAUGUUGAUAUUAUGGUUACCCGAAUCUACGACAAGCUGUGUCUUGUAGAAGAAAACCAGUCAUCUAUAUGGCGCAGUAGAGCUGAAGCUCCCCCGGUAUGA